CAUCGGACCUGGGAACCUUUCCAACUUCUUUAUUCUGACAACAACUCAUCAACCCCCCCCCAAGGUCCCGAGGACAAAGCGGAAAGCGAGCAGGCUCCCGGUAAAAUUUUGUUUUGUUUUACUCUCAUCGCAUAUUCCUAAGAAGCCCGCCAUCCUCAUAUAAGACCCUUUCCACCCGGCCAAUCCCUAAGGAAAACAAAACAAUGCCGCCCGCUACCACUCUCUUCCGCGCCGCCCGGCCCGUGUUCCAGCAGUCUGCGCUGCGCCCGGCCUUCCGCAGUAACUUCGCUCCCAAGACCGGCCGGCGCUUCGCGAGCACCGCGACCACCGGGGAGGGUGCUGCCCAGAGCUGGUUCCAACGCAUGUGGAACAGCCCCAUUGGCAUAAAGACGGUGCAUUUCUGGGCGCCGGUGAUGAAGUGGGCGAUUGUCAUUGCGGGUAUCUCCGACUUCGCGCGACCUCCCGACAAGCUGUCGUUAACGCAGAACGCUGCCCUAACUGCUACGGGACUCAUCUGGACGCGCUGGUGUUUCGUCAUCAAGCCCCGUAAUGUUCUCCUCGCCACCGUCAACUUCUUCCUCGGCUGCGUCGGUAUCAUUCAGGUCUGCCGUAUCCUCAUGUGGCGCAGAUCGCAAAAGGACGCACCCGCCGCCGCUGAGUCGGGCGACGCCCAAGCUAAGGAGGCUGUCAAGGCUUAAAGAUAUACCUAGAGCAGCAGCAGGCACAUGGGAUUACGGGGUAGUGUGAUUUUGAUACCGAAGUACGGGGGAGCAUUAUACAUCGGGGAGGGCGGGUGGUUGCAUGACGAAAUGCCAGCCGGCACACUCGAACGAGUCCGGACUUAAGUAUUUCGCAAAACUUAUAGACUACGGGUAAUUGCUACUUUGUGGAUUAUCUGGCCUCGAAAAUAGGGGCGGCUAGAUGGUGGAUUAGGUACACAGGGUAUUCUCUUGUUGAUUCUCCUAGGUAGCAUGAUAAACUCGGAAAAGGGGAGCUUGCUUGUACCACCACUUUACUACCCGGUGCAUCAGAAUCAGUUAGGUAAACAUGGAAGUUUUCUAUCUUAUGGUUGCAGUGGGUACUGGUUGAAAUAUUCACUUGAAGUUGACAAUGUGUGAAGAAUCCCUAAAGAUCAGGAUUGGCUUGAAGAUCGAAUGUCAAGAAAUAGGAUACGUCCUUUUUUUAAGUCUUCUAUCCACAUCUAUAUUCAUAUUGUUUGGGAUACUGCAAAGGGAUCGAUCCAUUUCCUCCCUAAGUAGUAGCGAUAGCCGGUUGAUAAUAGCCAUUUCUAAUAGUCGGACUAGUAAGAUCCUAGCUAGUAGAGACUUUCUUUCAGCCAGUUUCUCUACAUAGUAAAACCGGAUUAACUACGGCCAUUCAAUAGACUUCUCUAUUAUAUUUCGUCGCAUUA